CACCUGCGUGCUUAUUGCCACCGUGCGUGGGGGCUGCAGGAGGUGGAUCUGAAGGCUGAUCCCCAACUUACUAUGACUCAGAUCCCUGAUGCUUUCGUAUCUGAUUAUCGUUUGGCCAAAAGUCUGUGUGAUAACCGUGUUCGGAGUGUGCAUCAGCUGAUGAGAUGUUGGAACGCUGCCGGUUUCUUCACUGUCCUGAAGCUGCGUCGAGAUAGCUGCGAUGGAGCCUGACAUCGGGAAGACGCGGAUAAAGUUAAAGAAACGCAACCCCGACCUUCGGUCCUCCGGCACUUUAUUGAAAAUUGCGUUCUUCAGACCACGUUAUUGGAAGUUCGCCUUUCGGCGAAGACCUCGCACACGCCGAGCGGCAUCUGAUGAUCGUAGCCUGCACAGAAUGACUACGGAAGCAAAGUUCCAGCAAAGUGAACCUGAAAUGAAAGGUUGGUUAGCCAAAUGGACCAAUUACUUAAAGGGAUAUCAGAAACGAUGGUUCGUGCUUUCCAAUGGACUGUUAUCUUAUUACAGGAAUCAGGCAGAGAUGGCGCAUACGUGUCGUGGCACCAUCAGUCUGGUCAGCGCGGUUAUACACACUGAAGAUUCCUGCAACUUUGUCAUCUCCAAUGGCGGAACGCAAACCUUCCACCUGAAGGCCAGCAAUGAAAUUGAACGGCAGAAAUGGGUUACUGCUCUGGAGCUCGCGAAAGCACGAGCAGUUCGAACUAUGGAAUCGGAAGAAGACGAGGAACUGGACAUGCCCUCACAGAUGGACAAGUCAGAGCUGCUGGCAGUUCUGCGCCUCCUGCAUGUGAAGUUGGAGGACUUGUCUAUGUGCAGUGACCUCAUAGCCAAGCACGGCACUGCCUUGCAACGUGCGCUUUCUGAGCUGGAGCAGCUGGAACCUGGUGCAGCUGCUGGGCCAGACGCUGCGGGCAAGAUGCGUGCCGUCAACGAACGGGCCACCCUCUUCCGCAUCACGGCCACUGCUAUGAUGAAUGCCUGCAGCGAGUAUGUACAGCUGGCGCAGUCGCAGGGCCGUAAGUGGGUCCGCAUGCUGCAACAUGAGCACGAGCAGUGUGUACGUCUCCAAGAAGUCUUGGAACAGUUGGCGAAGCAACAUUCCCACCUUGAGCGGGCAGCACAGGAGGCAGCUGGUACUGCCUCAGGUGUUACGUCUGCACAGCACAACUCAUCCUCAGCACACUCGGAUGAUGAUGAAUUCUUUGACGCCCCAGAAAACUCGGCUGCUGACUUUGUUGUGUCAAUCCCGGGAAAGGGACACAGGCGAACGUCUAGUGGAUUGAGCCUACAGAGCGAGGGUCGUGCAUCGGAAGGUCAGGCGACGGAUUCAGACGCGGAAAGUGACCAUGCUUGUGAGGAGGCUGGCGUCAUAACUCGUAGGAACAGGGGACCAGGAAGUACCGGUGCAGUUACUCCAAAGUCGGUAGACGGAGAUUGUCCUGAUGACAUACCCAAGCGUCAGCGACGUCAGCGGAUCCCAGAGAAGCCUAAUUGCAGCCUCAGUCUGUGGUCCAUCAUGAAGAACUGUAUUGGGAAAGAACUUACGAAGAUACCCAUGCCUGUCAACUUCAACGAGCCACUAUCAACUCUGCAACGGUUGACGGAGGACUAUGAGUACUCCGAUUUGCUGGACCGAGCAGCCAAGACGGAUGACCUGGCCAUGCAGCUGGUCUACAUUGCUGCUUUUGCUGUUUCUUCCUAUGCCACAACAAGCAAUAGGACAGGAAAGCCUUUCAAUCCACUCCUGGGAGAAACUUAUGAAUGUGACCGUCGAGAUGACUACGGAUGGCGCUCGAUCUCUGAACAGGUCAGCCACCAUCCACCGAUGUUGGCUCAGUACUGCGAGGGACGUGGCUGGCGCUGCUGGCAGGAGUUCUCCAUGUCGAGCAAGUUCCGUGGCAAGUACUUGCAGGUUGUUCCCCUUGGAGUGGUUCAUCUGGUGAUUGGCGAGAACCACUUCACUUGGCGCAAGGUCACCACCGUGGUGCACAACAUUAUCGUGGGCAAGUUAUGGGUGGAUCACCACGGCGAUAUGGACAUCACCAAUCACACGACGGGGCACGCCUGCCAUCUCAAGUUUAUCCCCUACUCGUACUUUUCCCGGGAGACUCCUCGCAAGGUAACGGGAGUGGUGACGGACAAAGAAGGGACUGCGAUGUGUGUCCUUCAAGGUACAUGGGACAGCAAAAUGGAGUAUGCGCGAGUUGUAGGAAGCCAUGGAUCCCUCAAAGGCAAAGCUAUUUUAGAGUCUGCUACUCCAAAAGUAAUAUGGCGUCGUGUCAUGCCCAGUGACGACUAUGAGCGCAUGUACAACUUCACGGUGCUAGCCUGUCAGCUGAAUGAGCCGGAGCCCAACGUCGCGCCGACUGACAGCCGGAAUCGUCCCGACCAGCGCUUCAUGGAGGAAGGCAACUGGGACGAAGCGAACCAAAUCAAGCUCCAGCUAGAGGAGAAGCAGCGCAGCGUGCGACGACAGCGGGAGGCCGAAGCGGAGGCUGCAGCAGCACAAGGAAGGCCAUAUGUCGUGUACGAGCCCGUCUGGUUCAAAAAGGAGAUGGACACCAUCACGGGGAACCCCAUCCACGUUUACCAGGGUGAAUACUGGACCUGCAAAGAAGAAGGACGAUGGGACCGCUGUCCGAGCAUCUACUUGUGAUCUCUCUUUUUUUCCGCAACGCUUUCCUUGACCUUCUCGUUCCACCUGCCCACAAAGUUUUAUUGCCACACUGAUGUAGUGCUUUCGUUUUUCUGCAAAUGGGGGAAUAUCAUUGAUGCAGCGAGUGCUUUGGCCGCAGGAUUGGUGCCUGGGGGUGUGAUGCUUUUUUGUGACACAGACACUUUCUUUAGGAAUGAGCCCAGUUUUGGUACUUACCGCAGUUGUUGGCACGGCUGGCCUUCGUUCCGCCAUUGUUGGAGUGCAAAGCUCAUUGAGCCGCGUGAAAGAGACAUUUAUUGAAGCGGAAAUUUGAAAGAAGGUGGCGUGCUCUGUUAAAACGUGGUGGAGCGUGCAUCAUUUCAGGGCGAGCGGGAAGCCUAUAGGGAAGUGCUUCCUGAUGUGUUUCUCUCCUUGCUUUGGAGGUUUCAUAAAGUGGUGAGUUAUAUAAGCGUGGCAAUAUUAGAGCACUUAUCUUAGAUGUGUCAAUAAUUUGCAUAUGUUGGUCUGCCUUCUUAGGGUGUUCAGUGAAUUGCUUCUUACCUUGGUGCUUGGCAGCCACUAGUUUCUUACUCGAGGAGCUGAGUGUAGCUUCAGUUUUUACGAUUCUUUUUGAUAUAGUUAGCAGCUCCUAUGAAUACAAAAUCCUGGGGAAUGUCCUAGGGAAAUUUUAGCAUUGAUGAUGGCAUGAGCCUCACAGCAGUCUAACCUUAAGUGGAGAGUGUUGCAGGCUUAGAAUGCAUCACCGCUAUAUCAAUCAACCAAAUCACCCUAUCUUAGAAGGUAGUAGUAAUAUAACAAAUAUACAAUGUCACAAUAACUCCAGGAUGGAAUGAGAACUUCAUAGUCUGUCCACGCAAAUGUCAGAUUUUUCGCCAACGGCGUGCUUUAUGGAACAAACUGGAAAUAUUGAAGCUGUAAGAUAACCUCUAAAUGCUUCUGGCCAGCGUGGAUUCCGGCAGCUGCUGCGGCAGUGUGUACAUGCUUAGCUACGAUCUUGUACAUAUACAUAGAAUAUACGAUUAAAAUAUGUGUUGUUUUUAA